AUGGCAGACACUAAUAACCUGUUACGAUUCUUGACAGCCGAGGCAAAACUCCCUUUGGCCGCCGCGAUAGCACAAGCUGCUGGCCUCCAGAAGGCGAAUCUGGUCACCAUCGAGGAUCUUGCAAAGACCGACUUUGACACUCUCAAAGCAGCUUCCGCCACCGACAAAGCCGCAAAGGCUACUCAGGCUGCUGCGAAGCGCGUCUCCAUCAAGCGCAACAGAGGUCUCCCAGAAGAGACUAACGCUGUGCCCUCCAAACGCUCAAGAGUCGAUCCUACCGAGAUCCAGUCUCCUGCUGAUGUGGAAGCUUCCCUGACUCUUCCCACUUCUGAUCUUACAGAGGAUGAUCUUGCUGGUAUUGCACUAACGACCAAUCGCGCUCCUUUGCUGCUCGUCUUUGCUGCCACCUUGAUCAAAUACACCAUUUCUGAUCAACCUCCAUCAUCGUGUUUGAGCCUUGCUCAAGCUGUCACUUCUCUCAACGCACAAGCUAAAGCCGCCAACAUCGGCUUGGGGAGUUCUGCAUCGGCUGAGAAGGAAGGCUGGGGCCAAGGCCAGUCGCAGGUCAAAGUCAUGACAAGAGACGUUCGUGUAUUGAAACGCUGGGGCUACGAGUGGAAGUCACGUUCCGAAGAUACCCUCAAAGACAUCAAGACAGAAGAGUCUGAUCAAAAAUCCUCUACUGAUAUUAGCCACGAAACAUCGACGAUGAAAGAUUCGCCUGCACUACUAGCACUCGAUCUCGAGCAGCUCAAGCGUUUGGAUGCACCACCAAUUGUCACAGCAUCAGCAAGCACCGCCGAUCUCCCUGUAUAUCACGCAGGCCCUGCACGCAACUACAUCUUGAAAGCCUUUGAUCCUGUUUACGACGACAAGGUCGAGACGAAAAAGAGGAAACCAGCGGCUGAGGUCGCGGCCGAACGUGAGGCAAACCUAGGACAUCUGAUCAAGGCUCUCGAUCUACUGUUUCAGUCGUGGUCCAAUCUUGCUUCAGAUGAUCUCGACAAGCGUGCCUGGAGCUGGUACGUCAAGGUGCGACCACAAGUUGAAGCUGGUCGUGCGGGAUGGGGAGCAAAAGGACAAGUCAAGCUUAAGGACAUUCUGGACCUGAGACGA